AUGGCGGGUGUGUUAUUUGAAGACAUAUUUAAUGUAAAAGAUAUGGAUCCUGAGGGAAAGAAAUUUGAUCGUGUCAGUCGAUUACAUUGUGAAUCUGAAUCUUUCAAAAUGGACUUAAUAUUAGAUAUUAACUCUUGGAUAUAUCCUAUGGAGCUUGGUGAUAAAUUUAGGUUGGUGUUGGCGACAACACUCCGAGAGAAUGGCUACCCAGAUGGUGGGGAAUGGAACCCACUAGAAACCGAGGGAAAUAGAGCAGACAGUUUUGAAUAUGUUAUGUCUGGAAAAGUUUAUAGGAUAGAAGGUGAUGAAGUAGCUAUGGAACCAGCAUCAAGGUUAGCAGCAUAUGUGUCAUUUGGUGGACUCCUUAUGAGACUGCAGGGCGAUGCCAACAAUUUACAUGGAUUUGAAGUAGACCAACACAUGUACCUUCUCAUGAAGAAAUUGGCCUUCUAG